GCAGUGUUGUGCCCUAGUUAUGGUGAGGUGUUGCCUAAAUGUUGCCCACGUUUGCACGAAAUGGUGCACAACAGCAGUUACACGUGCGCAAACGAAUCGACGGUGAUGCGAUGGCAGCUGGUGAUGGAGGACGACGACUUCUUGGCCGGGCACGUUGACGGGUACUGCAAGGAGGCGCUUGGACACGCUGUGUACAAGUUUGAAGUACGAGGAGGGAACGUCAAAAUGGUCGGGGAAGUGCACGAGACCAACUACACCUCCAAGUGCUGCCCCUUGGGCCACGUCUACGAUCCUCACAAGCACGCCUGCACUAGAGUGUCCGAACCAGAAGAAGAGGUUGGAGUAUUCCGGAUUGGUUUGUCGCAUUGCCAAGUGGUCGUGGACCAGUUGGACGAGACGUCGAAGGCUGAAGUGACUGAUGGCGGUGAUCGAUGCAGUGACAGGACCACAACGCAGGGUUCAGUGCUUAGAUGGUGCCACAACAGUACCGACGUUUGCGACAACAAGAUCAGGUGCAUCAGAAAAUGUUGCCCGGACGGCCAGAGCUUUGUCAACACGUCCAAAUGUGUGGACACUCACACCCGAGGUGUCAACUUGAGCCUGCCACACUUGGCACCCUUGACCCAAGACAAAAGUCCGACGUUGGGGCUCCUCCACGGUUACACCGGAGGUGUUGUCCUGUGGAUGCCGCCUUUUACACUAGACCCCGAUGGGUGGGUGAUGGAGAAAGGUAAAAUUAACUCUAAAUAUGGGUACUGCAUGGAACACGUCAUCAAACGUGCCAAGAACAUGGAUGGCCAUUAUAUGUUUUUGGUUACAUCAAGAACUCAACAAAUAGCCACGAAAAUAUUAAUUAACAGAUACGUUCUGUGCUUGUCCUGCGUUUUCCUGGUGUGUACGGUGCUCACCUACAUGAUUUCCAAGGAGGUCAAGAAGAUGUUUGGGAAGAUUUUGGUUUCCCUUUGCUCGUCGUUGUUGAGCACCUUCAUCCUGCUCAUUUACAACGGGUUCAACGCUAACAUACAGAAUUCCACGCUUUGCGUUGUUUUAGGGUACAUGUUGUGUUACUUCGGUUUUACAUGUUUUGCUUGGUUGAAUGUAAUGUGCUACGACAUAUAUUCAGCAUUUAGUUCACCCAAGAAAGUGCGAGGAAUGCAAAAACAAUUGGAGGACAGAAAAAAGUUAACCUAUUAUUGUCUGUAUGGCUGGGGAGUACCUUUGGUACUAAUGGUAAUAAUUGCCCUAUUAUCGACCACGGAUUUAUUACCUUACGCCCUUAAAAUAAUUAUUGGAAAAAAGAAGUGCUUAAUUGAAAACAGAAUUGGUAAUUUUGGUGACAUACUAUUUUAUAUAGGUCCUAUGUGCAUUCAAGAAAUAAUUAACAUUGUAAUGUUCAUUAAAACCAUUAUUUAUCUUGUUAAAGUAAAGAAUGAGAUUAACAAAAUGAACGACACCAAUGCCGCCACUAAAGAGAAAAAACAAACUUUCAAUGCAAAAAUAGAAAGGUUUAGCCUGAUACUGAAGUUGUUCAUCAUAAUGGGAAUGUCGUUUAUAUUUGAGGUUGUGUCGUCGUUUUACGAUUUUCAAAAUAACACCGUAACUAAAUACAUUGAAGUUGUUUGGGACGUAAUAAACUCAUUGCAAGGUGUGUUUAUAUUUAUAAUAUUCGCAUGUAAAAGGAAGAUCUGGGAGAAACUGAAACUUACAACUGGGAUUGAUAAAAUGAGGAGGUCUUCGAUAACUUCGGCUUUUACUCAGUCGACUCAGGUCACUAACACUAAAGUUGUUAAUGGUGGAGUUAAGGCUAACUAAAUUUAAUAUAUUCUGUAACU